AUGCCGGCCACUCGACCCUCGACUGCGGCUUCCUCGUCCGCAUCGCCAUCACUCGCAGCGUCACGACAGGGCUCCUCCAGUCCACUCGCAUCUCAGCAGCAUGACAGCGACGACGACGACGGCAAUGGCGUGCAAAUGAUCCUCAGGAUCAAACGCAAGCGCAACCAAGACCCGGUCGAUGCGCUGAUCAUCCAGCAGAAUGAGCGCAGGAGCAAGCGCAGGUCGAUAGUGCUGCCCAACGACGGUGCCGAUGAGCAAGGAGGGUCCAGUCAAGGCGCGGCUUCCGAUGCCACCAAUGCAGCGAGCAAGCAACGUGGCGUGUUUCGUUUGGCAGAGACAGUCUCGCUCGGAUCGUUCUCAGAUCCUGUCGCAGCACGGAAGCUUCACCAACGCAUAUCGGCGCUGAGCAGAGCGAGUCCAGCGGGUCCCAGCACAAAGCCGCUGCAGCCCUCGAAGCUAGCUCAGAGCGUCUCGUCGCCGUCGCUGCAAGGUUUGCGACCGCUGGAUGCAUCUACGAAGGACACCGAUCAGACGCGGGCCCACCGCUCGCUCGGCAACUCGGUUUCGUCGCUCAGCGCUUCGACGGAGGGAUUGUCGUCAGCGACACCUGCCUCGAGGAUCAAGGCGCUGGCAUCCGAACAGAUUGAUCGGGACAAAGACCGUCGGUCUCGCAGCGGCACACCUGUCGGCAUCCGAUUCAAGGUCAUCGCAAAGGAGCAUGCAGGCGGCAAAGGGCUACGACGAUCUGGCAGCUCAGCAAGUCUACGAAAGAUGCGCUCUACGGCGGAACCGAAUCGUCCCUGGCACACACCAGCAGGACCACCCGUGAUCCGGUCCAAGAAGGAGAAGGAAGCAGAAGCCAUCUUUGGACGCAUCAUCGAUGCCGAGACCGAGUCCAGCAAUGCUGCGCAGGCAUCGAGCUCGAGAGCCAAAGCAGAAAAGCAGAAAGCACCAACACAAGAGGAUCAUGAGAUGGCCGGGCUGGACGCCAAGUUUGCCGAGAUGCUGGGUGACUAUCUGCGGUCCAACAACAUUGAGCCAUCGCAGGACAUAGAUCAGAUAGCUCAGGGAGCUUCGGCAGCAGGCGUCAGCGAAGAGGAUGUGGUCGCAGGUCACGAAGACCAGGUUGCAGAAGAAGACGAUGACGAGGAUGACUACGUCUACGAUGUUUACUAUCGAGACAUGCUGCCCACCAAAGCAGGACCUCAAGGAUCCGCAGAGACAGGGCUCGAGCCGGCACAGGUGGCAGGGCGUGGGAAAGGGUCGUCCGCUGCUGCUGUGCCUGACUCGAUGGCGUUGCCUCGAGUGCUCGGCGGUGAGGUGGUCCCACCCGAAUCGGCUACUCACACCCCCAACUGGUUCCCUGGGCUCGACGUUGCUGGGCCCAAUGCUGUCGUCGCAUCAUUGGAAGGAUUCGAAGACAGCAACGACGAGCUGGAGCAGGCGGAUGAGGAAGGCUUUGAGAGCUUUGAUGAAGGCGAAGACGAGGACAGCAACGACGAGGGCUUCUACCGCAACGACUAUCCCGAGCAAGAGCUUCCCGAAGCGGACGAGGUCGACUUCGACUACGAUGACGACGAUGUCGAUGAGGAUGAGCACGACUCGUACUCACUAUCUGACGGUAGCUUCUGA